AUGUGUGAUCGUAUUGUGCCAUGUUUUAACAAUCCGCAGCCCAUAAAAAAUCGCAAUUUAACAUUGUUACUGUUGGACUGUUGGCAGCGUGAGUACGAUCAAAGGCCAUAUCGUAAUUUUGUUUUCGAACAUCUUUGGUUUGAAGAACGUAUGAGACGGUCAUUUAAUCCCGUACGUGAUUUUGCCAUUAUCGUUAAUUUUAUCAAAUUACGACCUCAACUGCAGAAUGUUAAACUGGUGGGUCUGCAAGUGGCUGACAGCGAAUUGGAAUUGCUUCAGAAAUUUGUUGCGAGUUUAAAGAAUUUACGUUGCAUCGAAUUGAAGCUAAUGAAUUUGCCAAGGGUCUUUUUUGAGAUUUUGGCUGAAAAUGUUGGGGAAUUGUGUGUAGAAGAGUUGCUGUUGGAGGGAACCCCCUUAACUGACUGCGAUAUACUGAAUUUACGUCAAUUCAUUAUCGAUUCACGAACCCUUCAAAAACUCCACGUCGGUUCGUGCAGUAUAUCUCAAUACAACUUUGCCAAUCUAGCUGAUGGGGUACACAAAUCUCAAACUUUAAAAGCCUUUACAUGUAAUCGUUUAUUGGGCAACUCGUUAAACUUAGAUUCUCAAAAAAUUGCUUUGGUUCUGUCGUCAUUAAUAUGGCAAAAUAAAUUACAAGCCAUUGAAAUGGAAAAAUGUGAAAUGAAUGCCAAUGAUAUGGAAAUAAUUGCCGAAUAUUUAUAUAACGAAAAUUCAAAUUUAUUAAAAUUGAAUGUUGCCUAUAAUACAAUUGCGGCAAAUGGGGCUGAAUAUCUGUUAAAAGCUAUUUCCCAUUCGGGUACUUUAAAAUAUUUGAAUAUGAAUGGUUGCGGUUUGGGUACACAUGGUGGAGAAGUUGUUGGAAAAUAUCUUAGCUCCUGUCUGAGUUUGGAAUCUUUGCUUUUAGAAAAUAAUAAUAUUGGAUCGGAAGCGGUUUCAAUGAUACUUUUGACAAUGAAGAAAUCACUGCCGUUGAAGAAGUUAUAUUUGUGGGGAAAUAAGUAUAAUUCAAGAACUGGAAGUAUUUUAAGGCGUCUGAUUGAAGCCAGGGUAGUUGAUCAAGACAAUCUUGAUAUCACGUAUACUUAUGAUGACACUAUACCCGGUUGGCGUGUUAUACCAUGGAGAUAA